AGUCCACAUGUAGGCCUUAAACAAGAUCAGUCCACAGCCGCUGGUUGGGCCUGCUCACCUGCCACCUGCAGUGUCUGCGGUCUCCUGAUCUCUGCUACAAUGAAGUUCAAACUGGGCUGAGUCCAUGUCCCACUUAUCAAAAUGGACCUACCAGGUUAUCACCUACAGCAGCACCAGCCUCUUGUUCACCACCCUGGUAACUAUCAAGAGGAUUUGAUCAAUUUGGAGGGAUCAUCAACAUCUCAGGAGCAAAAGACAGAGGCAGAGAGUAGACUGGACUCAGAGGACAGCUGUCCUGUCUGUGGAGACAAAGUGUCAGGAUACCACUAUGGACUUCUUACCUGUGAGAGCUGCAAGGGCUUCUUUAAACGUUCAGUGCAAAACAACAAACAUUACACCUGUGCAGAGCAACAGAGGUGCCCCAUGAGCCUUUCUCAGAGAAAACGUUGCCCAUUCUGCCGCUUCCAGAAGUGUUUAGCUGUGGGUAUGAAGAAGGAAGCGGUCAGAGCAGAUCGUAUGAGAGGAGGCAGGAACAAAUUUGGGCCCCUCUACCGCCGGGACAGACAAAUGAAACAGCAAAAGGUGUAUCACCAGUCAAACACUGAUCCCUACAGGAUUAAGGUAGAAACUGGACAAAUACAUGGUCCCCACGCUCUAAAUGACCUCCAGGUGGUAACCAGCUGCAUCAGUCAUCCAUUAACUUCUGAAGCUGUUAAUCAACCCCACAUGUAUACUUCUUGCAUGGGGCAGUCAAGUGAACCCAUGUCUCUGGACUGCACUGUGAACACAAACAGAGGUCUUACUCCUCCAUCCCUGCCUUACCCUGGACUGUACCACUGCACUUUCCCUGGACACCCUGAGGAGAAGUUGGAAGUGCCUUUUGGCUACAGCCCAGUUCCUGUAAACUAUACAGUGGAUUCAACCCCAAACAGCUCAUUCACACCAAGAAGUACACUAGAAUCAUCGCCCUCUUCAACAAAAAGCUUAACCACUCCUGUAUCCCAGGCUCCCACACAAACACCAACCAACCCUCUAUCAUCAGCGCUUACACCUAACUUCUUAAGCCAACUGCUGGAAGGGGAACAGGAUGAGAGCCAGCUGAAUGCCAAAGUUCUGGCCAGUCUUCAGAGAGAACAGGCCAACCGAGGCAAGCACGACCGUCUGAAUACAUUCAGCAUUAUGUGCAAAAUGGCUGACCAGACUCUGUUUUGCCUAGUGGAGUGGGCCAGAAACAGUUCCCUCUUUAAGGAGCUGAUGGUGGAAGACCAAAUGGUGCUGUUGCAGAGCUGUUGGAGUGAGCUGCUGGUACUAGAUCACUUAUGUAGACAAGUGACGUAUGGCAAAGAAGGCUGCAUAUAUCUGGUCACAGGACAACAGAUUGAGGUGUCAACCAUCAUUUCCCAGGCAGGAGUGACACUGAGUAGCCUGGUAUCAAGGACCCAAGACCUAGUAACCAAACUUAAGGCACUCCACUUGGACAGACACGAGUUUGUCUGUCUCAAAUACCUGGUGCUAUUUAACCCCGAUGUGAAGUCAGUGCAUAACCGCAGGCAGGUAGAGCAAACUCAAGAGCGAGUCAACAGGGCGCUGAUGGAGUACACUCAGCAAAAUCAUCCAGGACAUUGUGACAAGUUUGGCCAGUUGCUUCUUCGGCUGCCUGAAGUUCGCAGCAUUAGCUUGCAAAUUGAGGACUAUUUGUACCAGCGCCAUCUUCAAGGAGAUUUGCCCUGUAACUCUCUACUUACAGAGAUGCUGCACACCAAGCACAGCUGAGAAGAUGAUAUCACUUGUGGUACCAGAGUGGCCACAGUAUGCUGCUGUAAAGUUGGUACGUUCUUUUCUGCCUUCCACAUUCACCUUUCCAUUACUUUUUAUGAUUGUUGAAAGGAAGGGAAAAAGCUAUCUAUCACAGAUCAUCAGUGCAAAGAAGUAUUUGCGUACCCAUGCAAUGCUUUGGCCAAGUCUAUUGCCUGCAGUGUUACCACAGCCAAAUAGCUCAUCAGUUUCUUUAACAGUAUUCUUGAGAAAUGUGAGAACCAAGCACUAACGUGUUGCUUUUAGUAAUCAGGAAGAGCUUAACUGUCUAAAGAGGAAAGAAAAAUGCAUCAAUAAAGUUUUACAUUUUUACACAAGUCUCUGUGUGUACUUAAGAGGAAAAUUAUGACAUAUUGGUGCUAUUUUCUCACUAUUACGCAAAGAAACUUCUUUCCAGCUGAUUUUACCUUUAACAAUUUUUUCAAUUAUUACUGCUCCAAGUACUACAAUAAAAAACAAAUGAAUGUGGGAAAGAAACAUGAAGAUGAAAAAGAAGAUGUAGAUGAUUUAAAAUGGAUUUUAUUCAUCUGGUUAAGUUGCCAAAGAAGUCAGUUAAGUCCGUUUAUGGAAUGAACAUUUAUAGUGUGCUGGCACAGAUCCAAAAACAAGGGAAAGAAAACCAAUGUUAUGACAACUUCUAUGAAAUGACUACAUGACUUAUAACCUAAACCAAAAAAAAGAAAGAAAAACUAAAGGAAAAAAAAAGGAUAACCUGAAACUAAACAUCAAAUGCACCGUCUAAAUUAAAGCAAAUAAAUACACUUCUCAAUGAUAAGGGGAUUUCUAGGGGUGAAAUUGCACUGAAUCAAGAAAAGAAAAAAAAAAUAAAAGGCUGUUAACUACCAAAUACUAGUUUUAACAAACACAUAAAUACAAAAGUCCACCAAUUCCAUUUGCACUACUCCUCACACACAAAUUUAUCAUUUAUUUCCUAAUCACUGUUUAACAUUAUUUU